AUGCCUCUAGCUGCACCAGUCGUGACGACUGGCCCGCCCCGGCCGACUGAUCGUGGUGUGCCAGUCGGACUAAAUGAAGCUGCUCUCGACUCACCGACGUUCCGCGCAACCGCCAGCCACUUUACCGAGCAAAUCGAGGCUGUUGAGAAAUGGCUCAAUGGCUACGUGACCUCGACAUCCAAGUUCGCCCACGAGAUCCAGGGGCUCGAAGGUACCAUCAACACAUAUUUGACGAAGACGAUGCCGUCGGCCGCCGACGGAAUCAUUGAGAAUGAUUACGCUUUUCUGGCCUUGAAACGAGUUGGCGAUGGCCAAAGAGAAUGUUGGCAACAGCUAUUAAGCAGCGUUAAGAGAAUGGACACUGCCGUUAUAGAUCCCAUUCGGAACUUUCUCAGUGGCGACAUGCGAAAUUUCAAGGAAAUACGGAGGAUAUUAGAGCAAUCGCAAAGGGCUUACGAUUCAACUCUCGCGAGAUAUAUAGGGCAGUCAAAGACAAAGGAACCCUCGGCCCUUCGGGAAGAUGCUUUCUCCGUAUACGAGAAUCGAAAAGCGUAUAUCCAGGCGUCGCUAGACUAUUGCCAGCUUGCCCCUCAGCUCCGAUUAGCCACGGAUAAACUUUUGGUCAAGGUGUGCAAUGAGAUAUGGAAAGAUCUGACACGAUCGAGAGACGCCGUAGUGAAUGCUACCAGAUGGACCUGGGAAAUGGAUCGUGUACGUGGAUGGGCCAAGGAGAUGGAGGCUUCAGAGGGCGUCUUUCGAACGGAGCUACAAGCUAUGAGAAGGAAGUUGGGAGAGACGACUCUUGAGGGCUUCAAACCUUCGAGGGAGCUCGAAGAUUACAGCGCAUCCACGGUGCCGUUUUUGGGCUCCCGGGGACCGCUCAAUUUACGACCCAAGGAUGGCACUGCGGUCAUAUCAGAGAAACAGGGCUGGUUGUUUUUGAGGACGAUGUCAGGUAAACCGAUUCGGUACACCUGGACUCGGAGGUGGUACUACUGCCGUGACGGCGUCUUUGGAUGGUUAGUGCCUGGGCCUCAAGGAGUACUCCAAGGCGAUGAAAUAGGCGUUUUGCUUUGCAAUGCCAAGCCUGCAGUCGGCGAAGAGCGUCGCUUCUGUUUCGAAGUCAAAACGAAGAACCAGACCAUGAUGGUACAAGCUGAGAACCAAAGGGAGCUCAUGGAAUGGCUUGAAGUUUUCGAGGCUACCAAGAAGAAGGCGUUCGAAACAAGUAUGAGCAAUAAUGAUAACUCUGUUGCCGGUGGCACUGACCCGGCCUUCUCGAUACACCCACCCAGCGCUCCGGAGUUUUCAGCCAAGGCCUUUGAUAACCCGACGGCCGCCGUUGAUGACGCUGGCCCCGGGUUUGACCGAAGCGCUACUCUUUACAUACCCGGGCAAGAUGUACAUGUUGGAGCUCGUCACAGUGUUGACGUUAACAAUGCAAGUUUGGGCCGGCGCUCCUUUAGUGCACUGGGAAGAGAUUUGGCUCGAGAAGAUGACGAAAGCAGGCGAGAACAUGCUGCAAGAAUCAUUCAGAAACUGGACCUUCAUAGAAAAUCGACGUUUGGACCUGGGGUCGAGCCCGUGCCACUGAGCCCAGGUAUGCCAAACAACGGUAUUGCGAGUCUCAUAUCUGCCAGCCAUAACCUGCUACCCGCUCAUCCGGGGACGCAGGUAUCUGCCAGUACUCCUAAGCAACCUUCGGGAUUUCUGCCAUCGCUGGAUACCCCUCCGGGAUCUCUUGCUCCCUUGACUUUGGCCAAACCACCGGCUACAACAAGCCUAAGUCGGGCAGCUGUGCUCUUGACCGCUGAGAAACGUUCUGUGUCCAACAGCAGGAAAUUGCCAACUUCAGUCGUUGCAAAUUACUGGGGCAGCAAUGUAUGGGCUACGAUUAAUACGCCUGAGCAGCCAGUCUUGCCAAGACGCGACGAUGAUGAUCCGAUCGGUGUGGUUCUGGCACAAAACUCGGAGACCAGUCUCCCUGGAGCUGGUAGCCAAGGCCAUACUAGCCGUCCACUUCCACGCAAUUAUCCAACGGAGCUGAGAGCUCAAAAUGCCCAGUUUCGCCUGCUUUUCCCGAAUGCGCCGCUAGGAGAAAACCUUGUCUUGGUCUUUCGUGCGGCGUGGUCGAGUUCCAAAGCACGAGACUCCCCAAGUGACACCCUUGCUGGAGACGGUAGAAUUUAUGUCACACCUGAUAACAUGUAUUUUUACAGCCAACAGAUGGGCCUCGUCACAGCAUACGGCAUCAGUCUCGACAUAAUUACAGAGGUGACAAGUGCUGCCGGGAAGGACUGUGACUUUAUCUUCAUACAUCUUGGCCAAGACACAAACGAGACUGGCUAUACCCGCAUUACUAUCAAGGUGUUCUUGGACGACCUCCACCUCCUCCAUACUCGCCUGAACCUACUGGUGGAUAACUUGCAAGCCGAGGAGCCCAUGGAUACACAAGAUAUUAUUUCAGCGUUGAUCAACGUUGAGAAGGAAGAAUUUGAGCGGCCUAGCCCUGGCGCUGAAAGCUGGGAAGGCUUGUCGCCGAUCUCACCCAUUGAUGAUGGCACCUCUUCUGGCUUGCCAUUAGCAAGAAGCCAGCGUGAAUACGGGUCCCAUCUUCAUCCGUCCAGGUCGCCGCUACGACUCCCAGGAAAGCUACAUCUCCCGUCACGACCCGUCGUCUAUGAGCCCGAGAGCAUGACACAAAUGGCUGCCGAACGGCACUUCGAAAUUAGUGCCAAAGCAUGCUUCCAUGUGCUUUUCGGCGAUAAGAGUUUCGUCUUUCCCAAGCUCUACUUCGAGCACCGAGCCCAGCAGAUUGCGCAGGGACCUUGGGUGCUUGUUGAUCAAGGACAAAUGCGGCGAGAAUUUCACUUCAAGGUGGAUUGUGUUGAUAUGCUUGGCCGGAAGAAAUCGGAGAAUGUUAUCGACUACCAGAGUAUUGACGUAUACAGUGACCAUGUCACGUACGUUGUGACCCAUAUCAAAACGGCAUGGCAUCUGCCUCAUUCGGGUAGCUUCAAGCUGGUGACGAAAAUUGUCAUUACACACGUGGCAAAAUCUAAAUGCAAGCUCGCUGCGUACGUCAAGAUUGACUGGUCCAAAACGCCAGCACUCUCGAAGAAUUUGGUUGAGCGGCAGGCUCUGCGUGACGCUAUCAAUGACGCAGAAGAAAUGGCAGAAUUGGCGACAGAUCAAGUUCGUAAGCUGGGACCUCGAAGCCGAACGAAUAGAGCCAUCCAGGUAUACGGCCAUGUCGGCCAGCAGACGCAGGUGGUUGUGUUUUCGCCGGCGGCUGCGGAGUCGAGCAAGAAGCAAGCGAUCAAGCCACGUACAUUAACGGCCAUGCUAUUCGAAACCGUCCGGUCGUUCGGAGAGAGUGCAGUCUCUUCACUCAUUAUGUGGGCAUUUGCGGGAUUGAAGACACUCUUUGGCAUCAUUACGGCGCACCGGGUCAUUGUUAUCCUUUUGGGCUUGAGUGCCCUGAUGAACCUAUUGUUGACUUCGGCAGAGUCUUCAACCUGGUGGAAAGAGCGCAGCGCGGCAAGAUUUAUGCGACGAAUCGGUGUAGCACCUAACCCAAUGAUGAGCAAAGCAAUUUACUUUGCGGAUCUGGAUGAGGCUACCGGUACUCACGGGCAUGAAUUGAAGUUUCCCAAGAACAGUUCAUGUUUCGGCACGUAUAAGAGCCUCUUGGACACAACUGAGAUUGACAUUCCCUGGGAUGAAGCCGGCGCCACGCUGUCAUCGCCGUCGAGUCGAGCGACUGCACGAAGACUGCGACGAACGAGGCAGCGUUUAGGAUCAUACCGACACGACUUGGUGGUGGCGAUGCGCGUAGUCAACAGCAUAGAGAGGGAGAUGUUGCAGUCUGAAUGGGAGAAUUGGUUAAUCAAUGAGAAAUCGCUGUGCGACGACCUCGACCUGGUGCUGGUGGAAGAUGGCAAGGACGAAUUAGCCAAGGGCAGCUCACAGAAUCAAAAGAUGAUGGGGUCAUUGACGGGAAGUCGGAAGAAGGCAUUGCAGGAAUGGAGAGAUGAUUAUUGUGGCAGCUGUCGACGGGAUUUCGAAUCUGUCAUCAAAGAGAGAAUAGUAACGGGGGUCCUCCGAGCCGCGAAAAGGCAUGUCGUCAUCGUCGUCGUCGUCGUCGGCGUGAACAAAAUUCGCGGUGCCAUGGCGAGCCAUCAUCUGUCGUUUCAGGCCCUGGCGCCCAUCAAUUGGAACGACGUACCACGUCAAGACUUCCAGUCCUUUCUAGACAGCACCUUUAAAGACGCCCACGUCAUCAUCGACUCAGUUCCCUCCACUGUGACACCCGCUGCAAAACCACCUCCCACAGGACGAGCUCGAGCAAAGACCGAUUCCGCUCUAGUAUAUACAGACAUCCAACGAUCAUUAUCGUUGCACCAAUCGCCCGCUGCUGCUGCUUUAUCUGCACAAUUGCGGAAGGAGUGGAAGGAGAUCAAGACAAACCCCAAAGAUAACCCCCUGGGCAUCACCGUGCACAGGCUAGCUGCGAAAGAUGGCAAAGGUGCAUGGUUUGCUAGGCGCAGUGUCCAUGAGGGCUUGUCCUUUGAGCAGUGGAAAUCGGGACUCGAGAGAGAGUUUGCUGAGACCAUGAAGGUGCAGGGAUCACCGGGAAGCGGCAAUAUUCGCGGAAUUGGCGCUGAUAGAAAUGUUGAGCAUCACGUCGUGGAUGCCGGUCAUGUUGAUGUGUUUCAACUUUCUGCUCAGUUCCCAGGCCCAACAGCCCCGCGGGACUUCAUCACACUACUCCUCACAUCCGACUUUUCACACAUAAAGUCUGACCAACAGCAACAACCACCUUUACGGCAGUAUAUUGUGGUGUCGAAGCCAUGUGUUCACCCUGAUUGUCCCCCUCGCCAGGGCAUAAUUCGAGGACAGUACGAGUCAGUCGAAAUCAUACGGGAAGUCCCCAUUCAUGGUGAUGCCGCCGCAAACAAGAGAUCCUUCUCUUCGGCCGAUUUGCUGGCUGACGACAGUCGUAAAUCAAUGUCCCCUAGUCGAUCUAGCGAUGACCUUCAGACGCCUCGAGCAAUUGAGUGGCUCAUGGUGACGAGAAGUGAUCCUGGUGGUAGCGUGCCACGGUUUCUAAUCGAGAGAGGAACCCCCCCGGGUAUCAUUGGUGACGCAGCCAAGUUCCUGGAUUGGGUCUCGUCGACAACCCAUAAGGAUGGUACCCCUCGUUCUGCCCAGGAGACCGAUCAGCGCAAUAAAAACAACGAGAACCCUGGCAAUGGCAGUGUUAAUGGAAAUGUUCCGGCCGUGACCAUUAAUGAUAAUGCCCGAACACCACCAGAGAUGUCUUUCAAUGACGACCAAGAUAGCAGAGAUCAUGAACAAGGCUAUGGCGAAUGGAUACCGAGCAGCACUGGUCUGUAUGGAAUAAUUAGUGGUGCAUUUGGUGUUGCAGGCUCUAUUGCUUCUGGCCUUCGAUCACAAUUCAGCAAUCCGCUGAGCUUCAACAGCAGUCAGGACAGCUUAGCGGAUAGCCAGCCUAUACCCGAAGAAGAUGAAAACGAAGACGACAACGCAUCACAAAGCGACACAUCUUCCACGCGCAGCUUCACAUCCGCACCGGAGAAAACUCUGACCCGCGAAAAGGCAUCUGAUAGCAUGACUGGCAGCGUUUCUGACGAAUCAAAGUCGCAGCGCCUACAGCCAACAGAAAAAGAUCUCCAGAGGCUCGUGGACCGGCGCCAAAAGCUACAAAGGAAUUACACUCAGUUCAUGGAGCGGAUGGAAACAAAACGUCUUGGCGAGAAAGAAAAAGACGCUGCAUCACAAGCUAAACACCGCGAGAGAAUCGACAAGGAAAUGGCCAAGCGAGAAGCUAAGCAUAACCGCGACAUGCGAAAGCUCGAGGAGAAGCGUGAGCAGGAGGAACGAAAGGCAGAAGCGCGGAGGAAAAAGGCCGCUGAGAGAGAGGAAAAAUCUAGCCUGACGCUGGCGUUGGAGAAGGCCAGGGCGGACAACGAUGUUGCAAUGAAGCAGAUCGAGUUGCUGCGUGGUCAAGUCGGGGAGCUCCAGGCGCAGAACACUAUGCUUGUGGCAAAGCUGGGGCGUAUGGGGGCAUUAAAUAGGGAGGACUCGUCAUCUUCAAAGACGAAUUCUAUCAAGUCAUUGAAAUCUUGA